GCCGAACAAGAAGAGAAGUAACAAAAGUCCUACUGAUGCAGUCGUCUGCAAUGACAGCGAUCAAAAUAACCAGCCUUUCGAUCAUCCACUAAAAGUCACAAUGAGUCCCAAAGGUCCUUAUCGUCUCAUGACUGUCAACACAGCACCAGAACGGGCGAAGCGCGUCAUUGGCGCUAUGGUCGAGAACCUCAAAGAAAGCUACACAAUUGAUUAUGUCGUCAAUUCAGAAAGAAUUGAAGAUGUUCACGCUCUGGUGGAGGAGUACCGUCCCGAUGUCUUGUUUACGGCUUCGAUGUGGACUGAAGAACAGAGCAGGGAAGUGGAGGAAACGGCAAGAAAGAUUGUUCCUGAAAUCAAGUUUCAUGCAAUUCCAUAUGGUCUCCAGGUGGCGAAAGGUCCCGACGCUAUUGUUGAAUAUCUCACUGAGAAGGUACCAGCGUUGCUGGAAGCUUGAAUGAAUAGAUCUAGAUGGACGGACAUCAGAGUAUCACGAUAAUUGGCAGAUAGAAACAUAGG